ACUAGUUCAAAUCUGGCUUCGGUUACAAUUAAAAUGAUCUUGAGAGACAACUCUGAGGGACUUACAAAAAAGAAUGCUAUCCACAUCUAGAGAAAGAACUGUGGGAGUAGAAAUGCAGAAGAAAAACAUGACUUAUCACUUAUUUAUUUGGAAUCUAUGACAUCAGAGGAACCCGUUGCUGUUUCUAUGGGCCACCAGGGGAAGAUGGAGUGGAUGAUCACCCUCACAGCCAAGGCCCAGCUCAGACUGCUCUGGGAGGACAUAAAGGAAACCCUGCUGCCCCUGGGCUGCUCCCAAUGUGGCUGUAGUUGCCCCCAGAGUCCUGGGAACCUGCUGAUUUUGUUGCUGUUCCUAAUUUGGCAGUUUCGAAGAAAGCGUCACCAAUGGCUCCUGGACGAACAGGAUGAGAGUCAGGACAAGGUUGUCCCAUUUCUAUUCUCUACCUCACCAAACUCCCAGGAAAGAGCCCGAAGUUGGAAGCCCCAGAGCUGGGAAGGAGUUCUGUUCCCCAAGGAGAAAAAAGAAGAGGAAAAAGAAAGGAAGGAUGAAGAAAAGAAAAAAGAGGAUUUGUUGAAAAAACUGAGGCUAGAACCUUGGUGCUAUUUUCACCCUAGGAAGAUGGAGGCUGGCCAGAAGGCCUCUUUCAUCCAAACAAAGACCUUAGGAACACCAAAUGAAGUGACAGGGAACAUGCUUCCCUCAUUCUGGGGUCCCUAUGGGACAUACCAGCCUUUGGGGGGCUCCAAAGUAUUCCAAGUCAAAAAAAUGACACCAGACCCUAACUCUCGCUACCUUCACAGCCCCACUGGCCUAAUCCAGGCCCCCACCACCCUCCAGGUUCUAAAUAACCUUUGUCCCCUAUCUACCUCAAAUGCUAAGGCAAAAGGGAGUACCCAGCUCUACUGGGGUCUCCCUUCUCUUCACAGUGAGUCUCUUGGAGCCACCUUCUCAAGGUCUGGUUGCACCUUUCCCAUUGGGGCCAUUAACCAACAGCCAUCUUCAGACUCUCCCCCUAUCUUCUUCAAUGAAUUUUCCUCUCUCCCUCUGCCCCAUCUAUUAGUUAAAACUGUGUCCCUUCCUCCCCCAUACCUGCCCUCAAUCUCUCCUCUCCCUGCCUUGUAUGGAAACUGUAGGGUUACAGAUGUGACAUCCCAUGUGCUCCCAAAUGGACCAGAAGCCCCAAAAUGGGCAUCUGAAUGCCAAGACCCAACCUCAGGUCCACUGCUCCCUUUACCUUCUCCAUCAUAUUCUCCAGUGAAGACCCAAGAAGACUCCCUCAUGGGAGUCCCCAAAGUGAUGGUUUCAGAUGAACAUGAGGUCCCCGGACCUAAGGCUGUGCAACAGAGUGAACUACCCUGGCCCCCAAAGUCUCCAGCCCAGACCCCUAACCCACUUUCAGGGCCCCUUCUUGAAUCCCAAGGAGCUGGUCCAAUGGAAGACCCCAAAAUGAUAGUUUCUGAGGUCUUUUGUGGGGACCAACAACAGACCCAGCUUCCCCAGGAACCUGACCUCUCAACCCCAACUCUCAAUACUUCCCCACCACAUCUGCUUGAACCUCAAGGAACUGACCUUACGGGAGCUUCGAGUGAGAUUGGCCUCGAGUCUCUGCAUGAAUCCAAGGCUUUGUGCUAUAACAUGCAGCAAAGAGAACUCUCCUGCACUGCUGAGACUACAACCUCAUGCCUCAGUCUGCACACCCCACCUGAGCCCCAAGGAACUGGCCUCAAAGAAAGUCCUAGAGUCACCACUCCAUAUAUACCUCAGGCCUCAUUGUAUGACAUACAAGAGAAAGAACCUCCUUGGGCUGUUGGGCCUCCAGCCCCAGUGCUUGAUAUGAACUCCCAGACUGAGCCCCAAGAAGCCAGCCCCAUUGAAGGCCCAAAAGAGACAGUCCAAAGUUGGGACAUAAUGCAGACCCAGCCUCCUUGGACCCCAAUCCUGUCUUCAUUCCCCCAGGCUGAGCCCCAAGGAGCAAACUCUGAGGGAACACCUGUCCCUUUACCUAGGCCAGAGCUCCCAAGAUGGGAAGUCCAGCAAAUAUGUCCAAGGCACAAUACCUCUCCCCUGGAGCCCCCAUCCCAGACCUGGCCUACCUCCUUGAGGGUGCCUGCGGAAUCUCAAGAGAAUGAGCACCACCCACCAGGACCCCUUACAGGAGGUAUACUCCCAAUGGCCACGAUAGUGACCUCCCCCCUUCAGGAGGCACUUCUCCACACCCAGGGGACCCUGGGCCCCGGAACUGAAGGUUCUCCCUGGAACAGAGAACUCGGAAUCCAUUUUAAGAAAUCCCAGCAUAAUCCUAAUCCCCAUUCCCUAACUCUGAACUCUUCAUCCUCUGACCUCUAUUUCCCUAGGGCCCCUGCUCAGCAAGACCUCUGCUCCCUGGCUCCCUCCUCCUGCCCCCCAACUUGUCAGAAUCCAGCCCUCAGCCCUACUUCCCAAGGGGCUGUGGGAAUCCCAUCUUUUCACCAAGCUCACCUCCAAACAAAGAAGGCUUUGUCUCAAAAUGGUCAGUCCCUGAAUUACCACCCUCCUGCUGCUUCUCAGCUAGAGCUGCAGGAGCUCACUAGAAAUGGGCAGCGCCCUGUCAGGGAAGGGAGAGAAGCCCCCCUGAUCCCUCCCCAAGCGCCUGACUUACAGGCCACCAAGUUUCUAGAGCCCCAGUCUCUGAGUCAGUACAACAAGAACAACAUGGCAGCUGCCCCAAUGCUGCGUGCACGGAGGAGGGCAAGGCUGGGAGUGCCCGAGAAGCCAGAGCCCCUGGGCCCAGACAAGAGCCAAGCCAAGCCCACAGUCCUGGGCCGGAAGAGAGAACACUCUAGGAAACCCAAAGCUGGAGACCAGGGAAGAGGGGAUGCAGGAUGGGGAGUAUCCCCAUCCAAAGGAAAGAGUCAUUCCUUGGAGGGCAAGAAGCUGCCCAGUCGGUCCCCUGCGAGAAGGGCCUUAGUGCCGCCACAUCAGAGGAGCAGGUGUCUCUGUCAGGAUGCUUCCCGCCCAGAGCUCCCCCAGCCUUCUAAGGCUGAGCCUCCCCACAUUCUGUCCUCACAGGGCCCUUUGAAGCGGAAGGGAGGAGGUAGGGGUGACCAUUCAGGCUCCCGACACCAGCAGAGCUGCCCCCAAGGGGGCUGGGGUUCCCGGAAGGAGGCAGGGAAGGAGGGCUCCUCUAGUUCCUCUGGCCCAGCCAGGAAAGGUAUACAGAAGUUUCUGGGAGGGUUUCUGAAUGGUCUGAGUUCCAGCCAAAGACCUCAGUCAACGGAGACAGCAGUAAAACUAAACCAAGUUUCUAAGCCUAUCUAGGCCCUGUAUCUAGCACCCCAAUAAAGAGACAGAGUUCACUGAAA